AUGCUUGCCUAUUCUGGACUGCGGGCUGCAAAAGCAAAUAUAAGCCGCCAUUCACUUGGAAGUGCCAUUAGAUAUGAUAUGAUAGUUGGUUUGAGAUAUAAAUCGCAAACUACUGAUAUGGCAUCAAGUGAAUCUCCACACAACUACGCUAAGCAAUCAUCCAUGCCAAAUCUGGUGAAUCCAGAAAUCCCAAAGAAGGAUGUGAAUCCUAAGCAAAUAUUGGAGAAGCCAUUAUAUGAGAGGGCAGUUGUGAGGUUGCCUGAGUGGCAGAAGGCACUAGGUGAGGCUAUUGUCUCGAUUUUCCAUAUGGAUAUGGACAGAAUCAGAGCAGGAUCAAUUGGUGGUUCGAAAUACUAUUACAUGUGUAAAGAUCAGUCUCUCCAGUAUAAGAAUGAGGUUUUAUCAGAGACCGCGGCUUUCUGGUAUUCAACAUUAGGCUUGCCUAGAACAUUUGCCCAGUGGUAUCAGAUAACAAUUUUGCACAUCUGGAUGCUCUUUGUCAGAAUGAGGGCCCUCCCAUUCAAAGUUGGAAAGAACUAUCAGCAGAAGCUUGUUGAUAAGUUCUUCAAAGACAUUGACAUGAGACUUUCAGAAGAGAUGGAUAUCCGUUCAGGCACUAUACGAACUAGAUACCUGAAGGAUUUUCAUUCGCAGAUGAUCGGUAUAGUGGCUUCUCUUGACGAGGCACUUGCAUCACAGUCCGAUGCUGUUUUGGCUUCAGCUAUAUGGAGAAAUGUCUUCAACGGCGAUAAAAACAUAGAUAUCGUCAAACUUGAAGCUGUAAUUAGAUAUGUCAGGAUGCAGCUUUAUGUUUUGGACAAGAUCUCUGACAGAGCGUUUGGAUUCGGUGAUUUUGAAUUUGUUUCACCAGCAGAGACUGUCGAUCCUCUUACGCCUGAGGAGGUGCAACAGUUGAGAAAAGUCACAAAGGAGAAAUAUGAAAGUAUUGACGGCAAAAUCUUACCAAGCCAACAUUCAUCUCUUUCUCUUGAUGAAUAA